CGCUUUUACUUUCAGUUCACGUUUUUCAUCGCGAUACCUAUUUCGACAGCUCACGCGCCACUAUGUCGGAUAUAUAAAAAGCUCGCGCGAAUAGUAAUCAGUUACAGGAUUUAAACGGAGAGAGAGUUUUAGUGUAAACCUGGCUAAUACAACGCGGGGAAUACUAAUACUUUUCACAAACUAGGACCAAAAUAAUAAUAAAUCUGACGGACGAGACGAAAAAAACAUGGGCGGGGAAUCGUAAAAACACCCGCCUUGUUGUCAUGAGCGGAAAACUAGUCACCAGGUUAGAGAGGCGGGAGGGAAACUCCUGCUGUCUGUCCUGAGGAGGAGACCUCGGACACUCUACUCACGGGUUAAUUAUACACUCACACCCAUAGUUUAUGUUAGUGUGAGUUCAGGAGAGCGUUUGUUUAUUUCGAAGUCACCGAGUUUUCUAGCAGAUCCGGAUGGAAGCGGAGCCGCUGUUAGCAUCAGAACGCAGGGCGCGCGACUCGCCGGAUUACGGCUCGCGACAUGACUCUCAAUCAGACUCGCAGUCUGAGUCGAAGGGGACGAGUCGACUCUCUGAUUCACACAGCAGGGACUCACUGCAUGGCGAAGAAUGUGAUGAAGACCUGUAUAUCCAGCAAGCUGUUGUAUUUAUUGAAGAUGCCAUUCAGUAUCGGUCCAUCAAUCAUAAGAUUGACUCAAGAUCUUUGGGCUUGUACAGAUGGUACUACUCCAGAAUAUGUCAGUGGGGUCUUGGUUUUACCAUUGCUGUGAUUCUGGCUCUUGCCUUUGUGGAGAAACCUUCCUCGAUCACUUACACAUCCGACCCCCGCUUCAGGCCCAAACCCUGGGAGCCUCCAUGUGGUCUUCCUGAGGCCAUAGAGAUGAUCUGCCUCUGCAUCUUCAUCAUGGACGUUGUGGCUAAGAGUUAUUUGAUUGGAUGGGAGGAAUUUCGUUCGAAUAAAUGGCUGAUUGGCUACGUGCUGGUUAUAGCGGUAUCAGUCAUCGACUGCACGAUCUCUUUUGCCAUGCUGUGUGAUACGACCUUACGAGUCAGGAGACUGAUUCGGCCAUUUUUCCUCCUGCAAAAUUCCUCCUUGAUGAAGAAAACUCUAAAAUGCAUCAAAAGGACACUUCCAGAAAUAGCAAGUGUGAUCCUGCUUCUGGCCCUUCACCUAUGUUUAUUUACCAUGAUCGGUAUGCUGAUCUUCCCCAGAUCUGAGGAUUCAUCAAAGAAUGGAGAAUGGGAGGUUUACUUCAAAAACCUGCCUAGGGCCUUGUCCUCCCUGCUUGUGCUGCUGACGACUGCUAAUAACCCAGACGUGAUGGUUCUUGCAUAUUCGCUGAAUCGGGGAUAUACAAUAUUUUUUAUACUUUUCAGCGUAUGUGGAACCUAUAUCUUGAUGAAUUUGCUCACCGCUAUUAUCUACAACCAGUUCCGAGGCUAUUUACUGAUGUCAGUGCAGGCCUCUAUUUUAAGGAGACGUCUGGGGAUCAGAGCUGCAUUUAGGGUGCUGUGCUGUCCGAGUCAAAGCCAAACCCAUCAUUCUGAAGAUCAUGUAAAGAGAGUUCAAGUGAAUACAGUGCUGCAGGUAAUGAGACGAGUGCAGAUGACAUCACACUACAGACAAGCUGUCAUUAAGGCUGCUCAGGAAAUCCAAGAUGGUUUUAUUGAUGGUGAAACAUUUCAAAAGCUGUUUGAUGAACUGGAUAAGGAGCACAUCAAAGAGCACCCACCGAAACCAGAGUACAGCUCCUCUGCCCUCCAGCUGAUCCAAAAGGCAUGUAGUCAUUACUACUUCAAUGUAACAGGAAACGUGGUGGCUCUCGCCAACGUCAUCUGCAUCUGUACAAUCUUGGUGCUGGAUUCAGAAAAAACUGUAACUGAACGAAAUGAUUACUACAUGGAGGUCAUUAAUUGGGCUUUUAUCAUCUACUAUCUAAUAGAGAUGAUACUGAAGCUGAUUGCGCUCGGUUGGAAGGGUUACCUCUCUUACAAAAAUAACAUCUUUGACGGUUUCUUCACCGUCGUUCUGCUGAUCCUCCAGAUUACAAUUUUCGUUGUGUUCAAGAUUAAAAAUCCAAAAUCGAUGGCGUGCCAGGUCGGAGACAUAUCUUUAUGGGAACUGGUGCGACUUGUCAACAUGCUGAUCGUCUUCCGUUUCCUCAGGAUCAUUCCAGAAAUUAAGUUGAUGGCUCUAGUGGCCAGUACUCUUGUGGACCUUGUGAAAAACCUGCGGGCUUUUGCCGGGAUUCUGUUGGUGGUGUACUACGUGUAUGCUGUUAUUGGUAUCUGGCUUUUCCAAGGAGCCAUUACUCCUCCAAGUUCAAGCAGUGGGAAUGGUACAUCCAACUUCACCAUGGAGUGUGGCUCCUACGAACAGCUGGAGUAUUGGCCGAACAACUUCGAUGACUUCGCUUCAUCCUUAGUUCUGCUGUAUGACGUGAUGGUGGUGAAUAACUGGCAGGUCUUUAUGGAUGCUUACACAAGAUAUACCACUGAGUGGUCGAAGGUGUACUUUGUAUCCUGGUGGUUCACCUCGUCUGUCAUGUGGGUCAAUUUGUUUGUGGCUCUGAUUUUGGAGAACUUCACCUACAAAUGGGACAAGAGUUAUGCGCUGAGUGUAUCAGAUGUGGAGAGGACAAACUAUGAGGUCCCAGUGCAGGUCAUGUUCAGAGAGCACAUCCAAGAGCCAAGUCUAGAGGAUGUAGAGAACCAACUUCAGUGUCUCCCACAUCUUCAUCUUCCUCGCUGGUCCCUGCAGUCACACAGUCCUUAACUACAGCUCCACACAAACCUGCUUUCCACCACACUUUACAUCUACAGUACGUGAGUGUGGGGUUGAAGAGGAGUUUGCGCAGAAGACCAUAAAAUGUGUUGCUCAGUUUUCUGCUGAACCUGUUAGUGACAUGGCACUGUUUUAAAAUGCCGGAACACUUUUAUUUAUUUUAUUUUUUUAUAACAUUUAUUUAUCUUUUAAUUAGUUUAGUACUACAGCAUUUCUGCUUAGGUCAUAAAAGGGAAAUUUACAGAUUUUUGUUUUUUAAAUAAAUUAUUUUAAUAGAUAUUGAAUUUCAGGACUUUACAUUGAUAAUGGACAAGAUGACGCCAUCCAGACAGACAUUAUACAUCAUGAGACACCAAAAAAAUGCAUACAUAUGUCAAUUUAGUUUGCAAAAUUAUUUACAAAUAAAAAUAAUAAUAAAAGGUUGUCAUGUCACAUCAGUUGGCGACCUAUCAUCCUGAUUAAGCCAAAUCAAAUUUAAAUUUUCCCCCACCAUUUAACUCAAACAAAGGGAGCAGAUGUCAUUAAUCUAACAAGAGUCUUCUGAAAUGAUCCUAAAGCUCAGUCAGAGGAUCUUCUUCCCUGAAACCAAACUUUGUUUUAAAGCUUAAAUGGGAAAAUGAAGAUCUCAACAGUGGUGCUGCUAAAAUGCAGAAUUUAUCGUGGUGCUUUUAAACUUUAAGCAAUCGGUGCAUUAAUAUCUGCAAAGCUGUUUAUGGCAUUGCAUUUUUUUUAAAUGAUAAGUGUCUAUUGGUUUUAACUCUAACAUCUCUAAAAAGUAAGCAUGUGGUAUUGAUUAGCAAAGUAGUAGAUUUGCCACAUAUAUCUGUUGAAGCUUCCUGAGGUGAUGAUGUUGAUAAAUGGUGCGGUUCGCUUAAUUUGUGUGUAGCGUAAGAAAAAUCUUCAUGUGAUUACAUUUUGGCAUUUUCGACUUUUAUAUAGUUUUUAAAGCAUGUUCUUGUUUGUUUUUUACAUGAAUUUGAACUAGAAGUACAGGUUUUUCUGUCUGAAGUAAAAAGGUGCAAAGUGCAAAAAAUUAUUCAGCCAUUUUAUUAUGACUAUCACUGUUCACUGUAUCACCAUCAAGUUCAUUCAUUCACACUUAUACAGAUAUCUUUAAAGAGAUCUCGCAGUCUGAAAAGUGAAGAUGUUUAAAACUUUGUCACUCCAGACAAAAAUGCUUUUAAAAA